AGGAUUAAACUGGUGGCGGGUGCGGAGUCAAGUACAGGUGCACGCCAUGAAGACAAAGACCGUGGCCAAGUAUCUCCCCCAGGUCGACCAGGUGGCACAGGACUUCAUCACCAGAUGUGGCGGACUGCGGGACGACAAGAACGAGCUUCCUGGGGAGUUCAUGGACGAGCUCUUCAAGUGGGCGCUUGAGUGUGAGUACUGGCGGCCUCUCUUACAUCAUCCUGGCUCCUUUAUUAUGUUCACGUUUUAUCAGCUCAAAUAUCAUUUUUAGCCGUUUAACUUUCAC